AUGAUUGGUAAUACAUCCUCAUCUAAAAAUAACUCAUUGUCAUUAGCAAUAUCAAUAUUAGUAAAAGAUUUAAAUAGUGAUGAUGUAGAGGUUGUAAUUAGUAUAUUGAAAACGUUGCCACAUAUAUCACCGAUAUUGACAGAGUUGUUGAUGAUGGGUAAUGCUGAUUUUGGACCAUUGGUUAGACAUCAAAAUCAAUCGAUUCGUAGAUCUGCAUUGGAUACAUUGGCUACAUUGCUGUUUUAUAGAAAGGCAGUGUUGCAACAAUACAAAUCAUUUGUGACGACUGGAUGGGAACUGGUGAUUGAUAGAAUAUUGGACGAACAACAACCAGCCGUCUACUUGUCGGCGUUUAAUGCAGUGUCGAUGCUGUUUUCAGAGAUUACGCGAUCGGUUAGUCACAGCGAUGAGUUUGACAAUGGUGUCGGACGUCGUCAGCAGUUGGGCAUCUAUGGUGAUUUUGUGUGUGCACGUCUAGUCGACCACUUUGAUCUGCUUUUGCAGCGUAGUGACCAUAUCGACCUAAACAACCGCCACGUGGCCGUCAACACGUUGACCUAUCUCGCCGACACAAUCUCACGUGCUGCAGGUGUGCCAUACUGGCCUGCGACCGAUGCACCCAAGCUAUCGCAAAAGCACAAACAUCUAACAACACCACAAAACAUUGUAUCGAUAUUGGUAGAACACUUUAUGCAGUUGCUGGGUGUCGCCAACGACGCGUUGGUGUUUGCAGUUGGAAAGGCGAUCCUCAACCUAUUGCUCACACAACACAACCAACACAAUGACACGUGGAUCAACCCGGUGCUGACCGCCUUUGUCGGGUUGUUGCGUCGUGAGGGUGUUACUCUCAACCCUCUACCCAUCCUAUUGUCGGUUAUGUGCGUCUUGCCAAUGCUGACCGACGACCUGCUCCUCACUACGCUGUGCAAGAUCUUCCCAUCGAUUCGCUCCAUCUCUGACUCGAACCAACGUGUCAGCUACCUCAUCCGCACCUUUGAGCUGCUCAUUGAACGAAAUGUUGCUACAUCGGGCAAGAGCAACCUCAUCGGCCCACUCAUGCAAGACGCCUACCUCGUGUUGGCGUUCCAAGACGACACUAGCAGUUUCCGUGAAGAGGUUGUCGUGUCAAUGAUUGCCAGUCACCACAACAUCCUCUCGAAAUACCAGCAACCCCAGACACCAUCAUCACAAGUAAACUCGAAUAAUGGAAAGAUCAAUGCGACCAACCUAUACUAUCUACACCAAAUCGCUCUAAACAUAUCCGAGGUGUGUCUCAAAUGCGUUAUCUGGCCGGGAGAGCGUAUCUCUGCCAUCGAGUAUUGUCUUCGCUUUGUUGAUUGGUUGUGUCGUGUCACAUUGCAACAGCAACAACAACAACAACAGAAUUCUGGUGCAGAGUCAACAACAAACGUCGAGUCAUCACACAGCCAGAAACUAUUGUCAUUGUUACGUACUGACCUACUCGACUUUAUCGCUAUGAUUCCAUCCGACUAUAUUUGCUUGCAAUCCAUCUUUUUGGUGUGUCAACAUCUACUCAAGUACCCAUCCAACAACAAGGUGUAUGAACAGAGUGACACGUCGUUGAUUGUCAAUAUAUUGCGUCGUAGAUUCCUCUUUCUCGAUAACCAACCCAAGCUUAUGCAAUACAAUGGUAGUGUGCGUGACAUGGUGAUGGGUGUCAGUCAGUAUGGACGUGCUCACCCCGCACAGCUCCACCCCAUGUCUGGGUUCUGGUUGGGAUCACUUGAAUGCCUCUUUUUGCUCGGUGCCAACGUCAGCUCGGCUGAGACAUUGGUCGGACGUGCUUUGGACGACAUGUUGACCACCUAUGCCUCCAACAAGGCCGUCGUGUCACGUGCACGAUUCAUUAAAAACGCGUUGCAAGGGUUCGUUGCAUCACCAACACUCGCUACGUUGGCAGGUGUCGACUUUUCCUACUGUAUCCCAAUAGAGAUGUUGGACAGCGCGUCUAGCCUGCGUUCAGCAACCGAUAUCUUUGCGUACGAGUGUAAAAAGGCCAUCACGGGACUUGCAGGCGUACAUUAUGGUGCUUCGGUACGCGACCGUCCAUGCCGCGACAUUACACUCGUCAGCGGGUACUGCGACCCAGUCUGGAUCGAGGUGUCGCACACUGCUCACCCCACACUGCACACCAUCUCGUUGUCAGUGACCGUCACCAACGUCAUCAACUUUGCCAUCAAGAACUUGGUUGUCUUGGUUGGCUUGGCGGGCCAUCUCGAGUUCCCACACCCACAAACACACUCCAAGCACAGUAUUCCCAAACUGUUGCCCGAGAAGUGCUACACCUUUGAGUUGCCACUCUCUGUCACUGGCAUCGAUCUCAACUACGUCACCUUUUCUGUAACAUAUACGCAUCCUAGUGGAAUGGUCGAACUUGACCAAGGUAUCACUCACAAGCAAUCCGCCCAAAUUGGUGGACUUGCUCCUUCGUCUAAUCAACCUCAACAGUUGUCGCAAUCAUCGUCGACCUCUACUACCACCUCUACCUUGUCGUCGUCGUCGUCGAAUCAACCAUCACCUUCUACCACCCCAUCAUCCAGUCAGAUUGCCAUUACAUCGUCGUCGUCGUCACAAUCAUCGCCUUCCUCAUCGUCUACACAAACAGCAACCUCUCCCUCUGCUGCCAACUAUGCCUCCUCGGCUGCAUCAUCCAAUCUUUCCUCGUCGACCGCUCCAACACUCUCUCCAAUGGUCCCCAUCGAAACAAGAUGCACCGACUAUGUAUUUGACUGGAACCAAUUCCUGAUCCCCUUUAAAUACAACAAACAUCAAUUCCUCCAACAAUGGCCACGUUACGAAGCAUCCCUCAUCAUCGAUGUCAUCUUUGAAGGUCAAAACCUAGACGCUCAACUCAUCAACACCUGUUUAUUAUCCUAUCCACUUCAUAAUGUUCAUUCAACUUAUUUUGAUGAUUCAAAUUUCCAAUUUGCAUUUUCAUCAUCAACAUGGUUUAAUGAUCAAUUUUGUUUUAUUUUAUCUGGAGUAAACAAAAUAGUAGAUGGAGAAAGAAAAGAGAUUCAAGGUAGAUUUGAAUUUAGAUCAUCAAAUUCAGCAGUUCUCACCUCUUUCCAAAAUAUUAUUGAUCUAUGGUUACAAAAACUACCAAGAACAACUGAUAACUUUUUGGCUCGUCUUCAAAGUCCAGGUGAAAUAUCAUUAUUCUCUGAUACAAAUAUUCCUCAACAACCUUCCACUGCCACUUCAACAUCAUCAACAAAUGAAUUAAAUCUAUUAAAUCAAUGGAAAGAAAAGAAACUUUCAAAUACCGAAACAAAAUCAACAUUAUUAUCUAUUGAUCAAGAAUUCUAUUAA